CAUUUGAUUGGUCAAGCGAGGUGACGUAUCAAGGACGAACUCGCAUAAAAAGAUUUCUAAACGCUGUUGUCUACUAUGGAAGAUGGAGCUCCCCGAAUCAAACGGAAAAAGAAAGCGGCAUUAUUGCGAAACACUGUGACAAAGAAUUGUCACGCUCACAAUACUUCGAUCAUAAAAAGCGGUACUGCAAAAUUGAAGUUUGUGAAAUAAAGUCCGAAAACAGUCAAUGUACAAUAGACGAUGCACCGGACCUGUCAUCCAGCUGUGAUCUUCCUGACGAGAAGAUUCCCUUAACGGAUAACAGCAUGCUGCUAACAGCUAUCAAUGACUUAUCCCGUCAGUUAAGCGAGUUCGCUGCCAAUGUCUACCAGGGGUUGAAGGCGAUCAACGAAAAAUUACAGUCUCUGGAGGAUCGACUUAACGCUAUCGGUACUGAAUCAAACGGCUGCUCGACGGAGGAAUUGAAGAGGAAGAGGCGGCUGCAAAAUCCUGAAAUUGCGGAGGCAGUCCGUCGGCUACACAACUCCGAGGCAAACUGUAGGCGCUAUGACCCGGAGCAAGGGCUAAGCUCGCCAUAUAAUGAGAUGGUCACCUCGUUUUUAGUGGGAACACUGGUUAAAAGCCCGGAAUUGCACGAUGAAGGACUGGAUAAAAGCGACUUUGUUGUUGCCUGCAAGACAUAUUAUGAGACCGUUCGCAGAAAUUUCCGCUACAAACAGCCAGAGCUAGCCAGUGUGGCCGCAGCCAAUAAGAGCUCAGCCAGGAGUCGCCAGAGGAGGAAGAGGCUCUUGGAAGCGAGGCAAAGUGUACUGGCUGCGGAUGAAGUGGACUUCUGGAAGGGAAUCACAUCUGACAUGAUGUCAGACGAAGAAGAUGGUGCCGUUGAUGGAGUUUCGGGGUGGAUUGUGAGACCUCCAUCGUUUCGCAGCGAGGAGCUCAGCAAUCUCUGUGCUAACCUGCAAACGAGACUAGAAGCCAGUUCGAAGUACGCAGCAAUGCAUCACAAGCGUCUGCACACUGGAUCGCUGUCUAACAGAAAGCCACCUCAUUCCUACGAUCCAGAGGCAGCAACAAGACAUUUUGCACCAAACGUGAUGCCAAGAACAUAAUCUUUGCCUAAUUUUUGUGUGUAUUUUAUUUUCCCCAUGCCUUAAUAAAACUCUUACAUUUUA